AUGCAUCAAACGGACAAGUCGGGGGCCCGUGGGCGAACCAAGAAAAGUGCGGGCAGCAACGUACAACGACGUGGUGGUAGUGGUGGUUCUGGCCCAGUCGUCUCGCGGGCGGAGAGUCGCGAGAGAGAAUACCGUGACCGUGGUGACAUGUCGGACCAGGGUACCUUGGGAGGAACCUCUGGAACCUCUUGGGACGGUGGGACCGCCGCCGAUGGGCCGGAUGGCCAUAGCUCUCGCCGUGUCGCGAGCCUCACGAGUGACGUUGGUGGUACAUUGCGCCGAGUACCUCCGGCCGACGCAGCUGAGCUUCAAGCAACCACCGUGGCACCGUCCAGCACCCGACACCGUCAAGGAACUGGAUCUGGCGUGCACGGUGCACUAGGGGGUACGGUGGGCAAGGGAAGGGGUGCGCCCCGUGAGCUGAUGAUUGACGUCGAGUCUCAUUGCAAUUAUUCGGUCCAAUGCUCGGCCACUAAGAGGAGUCGGUCUAAACAUGAGGCUCCCCGGUGUGAGCGAGCAGUGAGCACUACAGAGAGUGGUGGUGGUUCAAGCAAAAGGCAAGGUGACAGGGACCGCAGACCAGACUUUCGAAAAGAGGCCGAGACGACGGCGUAUGCGGCAGGGUCACCACAAAUUAUUCGCGGUGAUAGCUGGAACUCGCCGAAUGGAUCUGGCUUCCCUGUCCAGGAUCUGUGUUCGUGGUUGCAGGCAGAGGCAGGGCGACAAAUCCAGAAAGCAGUCAAGGCCCAGAUUGGACGGGCCACAAUUACACUAAUCGGACCCUUUAUCCUUGGCGUGCUGCUGGAAUCUCUCUAG